AUGGACAUCGACACAAUAAAGAAGCUCCUGGUAGACGUUCAAGUAUUGCUGGACGCUUAUCAGUCCGACGCCACGGAGACCUCUCGGGCUGAGGCCCAGGAGAAGGCGCUCGGAUUGGCCUGCGCAUUGGAAAAGCCUCGCGAUGCGAUCUUGAAAAUUGCCUACUCUCCAACAGUUGUCAUGGCCGUGAAAGUGGCCCAUGACUUGAAGGUGUUGCCAACGUUGGCGAAAGCCACGUCUCCCGUGCCACUAAACGAGCUUGCGGCCUUGAAGCCGGCAGACCCUUUGUUGGUUGAGCGUAUGAUGCGUGUCCUAGUAGCCCAUGGUUUUGCCGAGGAGCCAGAGCCAUGUGAAUAUCUCCCUACGGCCCUCUCCAAAGAAAUGACCCAGCGGACGUCAAUUGGUAUCGUUGAGUCCCUCUUCCUCGAGUUCCUUCCCGGUAUCCGCAAAGUUCCCGAGUACCUCCAGGAUGGCUUUGCCUGGUUCUGCGAGAAUCCCGCUGCCCUCACCCGUUUCAACGCCUUCAUGGAAGGCCAGCGUGCUGAUCGUCCUCACUGGGCUGACUGGUUCCCCAUCUCCGAUCAGAUCCUAGCUAGUGCUCACAAAGGCUCAGAUGGGACCCUCUUAGUGGAUAUCGGGGGUGGUCGCGGACAUGACUUGCUCGGCUUCAAGCAACGGUUCCCUGACGCUCCCGGUAAGCUGGUCCUAGAGGAUCUGCCCACGGUGAUUGAGGAGGCACGGUCCGCCCUUGAUCCCGAGGGCAAGGGCAUUGAUGCGGUUGGAUAUGAUUUCUUCGCUCAAGAACAGCCGAUCAAAGUUGCCCGUGUCUACUAUUUCCGGAACCUCUUCCACGAUUGGUCGGACGAUAAGGCGCGCCUCAUCAUCAGGAAUCUCAUCCCUGCCAUGGAACGCGGCUACUCAAAGGUGCUUAUGGAGGAUGAUGGUAUUUUGCUCCGACUAGAGCGCACACGCCAGCGAUUCACAAACUUACUGGAGUCUGCCGGUUUGAAGGUGACUAAGUUCUGGGCCCGUGAGGGAGAUGGACAGGGAAUUAUUGAGGCGGAGCUGGCCUAG